AUGCUGUCCUGGCGGCUGCACACGGGUCCUGAGAAGGCCGAGCUGCAGGAGCUCAACGCCCGGCUGUAUGAGUACGUGUGCCGGGUGCGGGAGCUGGAGCGCGAGAACCUGCUCCUGGAGGAGGAGCUGCGCGGCCGGCGCGGCCAGGAGGGGCUGUGGGCCGAGGCGGAGGCCCGCUGCGCGGAGGAGGCGCGCGGCCUGCGGCGGCAGCUGGACGAGCUGAGCUGGGCCACGGCUCUGGCGCAGGGCGAGCGCGACGCCCUGCGGCGCGAGCUGCGGGAGCUGCAGCUGCUGGGAGAGGAGGCGCGCGCCGCCCGCGGCCGCCUGGACGCCGAGCUCGACUCGCAGCGCCGCGAGCUGCAGGAGGAGCUGGCCGCGCGCGCCGCCCUCGAGGCGCUGCUGGGCCGCCUGCAGGCCGAGCGCCGCGGCCUGGACGCGGCCCGCGAGCGCGACGUGCGGGAGCUGCGCGCGCGCGCCGCCGGCCUGACCCUGCGUUACCGCGGCCGCGUCGCCGGCCCCGCCGCGCCCCCGCCGCGCCUGCGGGAGCUGCACGAGGACUGCGCGCUGCUGGUGGCCGAGGCCUGGAGGGAGACCGUGCAGCGGUACGAGGACGAGGUGCGCGAGCUGGAGGAGGCGCUGCGGCGCGGCCGGGAGAGCCGGCGCGAGGCCGAGGAGGAGACGCGGCUGUGCGCGCAGGAGGCGGAGGCGCUGCGGCGCGAGGCGCUCGAGCUGGAGCAGCUGCGGGCGCUGCUGGAGGAGGAGCUGCUGCGGGUGCGCGAGGCGUCCGAGCUGCAGGCCGAGGAGCGGCAGAGAGAGAUCGCCUACCUGGAGGAUGAGAAGGCAGCCCUCACCUUGGCCAUGGCUGACCGGCUGCGGGACUACCAGGAGCUCGUGCAGGUGAAGACUGGCCUCAGCCUGGAGGUGGCAACCUACAGAGCCUUACUGGAAGGAGAAAGUAAUCCAGAGAUAUUGAUCGUUACUGAGUGCAUUGAAAACGUGCCACAAGAAUUCAGAGACAAGUCCUAUCAAUAUACCACCUCAGUAUUACAGAAAGAAAAUGAGAGAAAUCUGUUUCCAAGGCAAAAAGCACCUCCUGCGAGCUUCCGGCAGAGCCUGGUGCCACGUUCUCAGACACCCGUUGGAAGCGAUGCCAGAAGAGACAUCCUGCGUUCCGGAUACUCUUCCUUCACCACUGCCUGGCAGGAGAAUGCUUAUGAGAAAACUGCCAGCGGUCAGACCAACUUCAGAGCGUUCUCUCCAACCCCCGGUCUUUUAAGAAAUACUGAAGCUCAAGCGAAAACAUUCCCUGAGAGGCCAAGAACUGAAGGAACAAAGGCUCCACCCACUAGUUCAGCCAAAGAGUCCGCCGCUGCCCCAGAGUCCUACCGAGAACGCAGGGACAAGAUGGCGGCAGCCACUUCUGAGGGCACGUGGUCAAAUGAGAGGACCGUCAUUUUGGGAAAGAAAACGGAAGCUAAAGCCACAAAGGAGCAGGAGAGAAACAGACCAGAAACCAUUCAAACAAAGCGAGAAGAGAAAAUGUUCGAUUCCAAAGAGAAGGCUUCAGAGGAGAGAAACUUAAGGUGGGAAGAACUGACAAAGUUAGAUAAAGAAGCAAGAAAGAGAGAAAGCGAGCAGAUGAGGGAAAAGGCUAGAGAGAAGGAGUCGCUGAAGGAGGCAAGUGUGAAGGGGAGAGAGAUACCGAUCAGGCUAGAGGUGUCCCAGGACAGCACAGCAAAGGUGGCCCCCCAGGGUCUCCAGACACCCCUAAAGAAGGAUGCUGGUGACGGGACAGGGAGAGGGGUGGAAACCAGAGAGGCAGCGUUCUCGCUGGGCGCCAGCGACACCACAGCCUCUCUGAAAGGUGGUUCCAUGACUGAAACCAUAGCUGAGAAUAUCGUUUCCAGUAUCCUGAAGCAGUUUACCCACUCUCCCGAGGCAGAAGCGUCCGCUGAGUCUUUUCCAGACACAAAAGUCACUUAUGUGGACAGGAAAGAAGUUCCUGGUGACAGAAAAGCAAAGACUGAGAUAGUCGUGGAGUCGAAACUGACUGAAGAGAUCGACAUUUCGGAUGAAGCCGGCUUGGACUACCUGUUAAGCAAGGAUGCUAAAGAGGUGGAGCUGAAAGGAAAAUCGGCGGAGCGUUUGAUCGGAGACGUGAUCCGUCUCGGUCUGAAGGGGAGAGAAGGGCGAGCAAAAGUCGUCAACGUGGAGAUCAUUGAAGAGCCCAUGAGCUAUGUCAGCAGCGAGAAGGCAGAUGAGUUUUCUACCCCGUUCGAAGUGGAGGAGGUCGACGACGUGUCUCCGGGCUCCAGGGGGCUUGUUGAGGAGAGAGAGGAGGCGGUUUACAGGGAAUCAGGUGUCACGUGCUCAGGGAACGCAGGUCAGGAGGCCAGGCGGCCCCAGGAGAGUGUAACUCACGUGGAAGAAGUGACGGAGGCAGGUGACUUGGAGGGAGAGCAGAGUUACUUUGUGUCGACUCCGGACGAACACCCUGGGGCCCACGAGCGAGAAGAAGGCUCUGUGUAUGGGCAGAUCCACAUUGAAGAGGAAUCCACCAUCAGAUACUCCUGGCAGGAUGAGAUCGUGCCAGGGUCUCGGAGAAGAAUGCAGAGGGACGACGUCCCAGGAGAGAAGGUUGUGAAGCCGGAGGAUGUUCCAGAAGCGUCUCUGGAGGGGGACACGGCAUCUGCUCCCUGGAAAGAACAAACUAGAAGUGGCGAGUUUCAUGCCAAGCCCAUAGUCAUUGAGAAGGAAAUCAAAAUACCCCAUGAGUUCCACACAUCCAUUAAGGAAGGCUCCAAGGAGCCCAGGCACCAGCUGGUGGAGGUGAUCGAGCAGCUGGAGGAGAACCUUCCAGAGCGCAUGAAGGAAGAGCUGUCCGCCCUCACCAGAGAGGGCCAGGGCGGGCCUGCGGGUGUUUCCUUUGACGUGAAGAAAGUCCAGAGUGUGGACAGCGGGGCCGUGACCCUAGUGGCCGAAGUCAACCUCUCGCAGACGGUGGACGCCGACCAGUUAGACCUGGAGGAGCUGAGCCGGGACGAAGCGGGGGAGAUUGAGAAGGCCGUGGAGUCGGUGGUGCGAGACAGCCUGGCGCGACGGCGCAGCCCGGGCCCGGGCAGCCCGGAGGUGGAGGCUGGCCACGGCUUCAGGCGCUGGGCCACCCGGGAGCUGUACAGCGCCUCCGCGGGGGAGGCAGAUGCGGGCCUGGCCUCGCCCCCGGGCCCCGUGUCGGCCACCGUGGAAGUCACCAGCCCCACGGGCUUUGUCCACACUCACAUGCUGGAGGACGUCAGCCAGUCUGGGGGGCGCGUCCGGAUAGCGUCCCCUGGAACGUGGAGGACUGAGCAGGUCUCGGCCGAGGGCCGCGCGGCCCAGGCGGUGGAGGUAAGUGGGGAGGGUGAGGCGAGUUGGGCAGCCAGCUCGGCGGGAGCCAGCCAGUCUGCCAGGCUCUUUAUGUUGGGUCCCCGUCAGAGCCCAGUGUCCCCAGAAGUCGUCUUCCCAGCGCCUGAUGCCGCCUGUCCAGAGGCCGGGGGCACAGAGGAGCCUGGCCCCGCAGAGCCUCCCAGAUCUGGGAGGCACAGCCCAUUUGGCUCCCAACAGUUUUAUGCUCAGAGGGAAGUUAUUUUUCAGGCCCCCGUUUCUGGGGUGGGGAAGGCGGGUGAUUCUUCUCAAGCAGAAGGGUCAGCGGGCACCCAGACUUCCAUAAAGCACCUCCGAUUAGGUGCCCAGGAGGGGCUCAGUGAGCGGACCCAGCUCACAGCCCCCCUCUCAGGCACAGUGGAGCUGGGCGUCAGGGAAGCUUCUGUGCACAUGGAAGCGUGGUCAGGGGCCGGCUCGUCCAUCAGGCAUGUCACCAUUGGGCCUCAGAUGCAUCAAACCACCGAGCCUAUCGUUCCCCCGCCCUUGGAAUUUAGCGACUCAGAAAGCAGCACCCACAGAGAGGGCUCAGCCGACGAGACCCUGGCCACCCGUAGUUAUACUGUGGGUCGGAACAUCUUGAUGACUGAAAAGAGCACCUUCCAAAGGGCCGUUUCUGAGUCUCCCCAGGAAGCUAGUGCAGGAGACAUGUCAGGGGCAGAAGUGAUAUCAGGCGUGAGCAGAUCCUUUAGGCAUAUUCAGCUGGGUCCUGCGGAAGCCAAGACCUCUGAACACAUUGUCUUCCACGGACCCAUUUCCAAAACGUUUCCACUUGCUGGUUCGGUAGACUCCCCUGAGGUAGGCGAGGUUGCAGAAGGUGGCAGAACACUAAGGCACGUUGCCCUGGGGCCCAAAGAAACUUCGUUUACCUUUCAGAUGGACGUGAGUAACAUAGAGGCGACUCCCCGCUGGACACAAGAGGCCACAGUCCUCUUCCCUGCAGGGACGGAAGCAGAACCUCCUAGUGUGUCUGAGCAUGGUGCUUGGAGAGAUGCCAGCAGUAGGAAUGACCUGGCUGCCAGCGUGAGCUUUCAGGGCUCUGCUGGGGACAGACACCAGGCUCCUGGGGAAAGGGGCAAGGAGCAGGCUGAAUUUGAUAAGACGGUGCAGCUGCAGAGGAUGGUAGACCAGAGGUCAGUGAUUUCGGACGAAAAGAAGGUUGCCCUCCUCUAUCUAGACAGUCAGGAGGAGGAAAAUGAGGGACACUGGUUUUGA